GCUGAUUCCGGCGUUACCGACCCCGCUCUCGCUGCUGAGCUUAAGAAGAAGAGGACGUUCCGCACGUUCUCGUACCGUGGGGUUGAGCUCGACAAGCUCUUGGACCUCAGCAACGAGGAGAUCGUACAUGCCCGUGCCCGGCGCCGGUUCCAGCGCGGCCUGAAGCGCAAGCCUAUGGGCCUCAUCAAGAAGCUCCGCAAGGCGAAGAAGGAGGCGCCCCCGAACGAGAAGCCCGCGGUCGUCAAGACCCACCUCCGUAACAUGAUCAUCGUCCCCGAGAUGAUCGGCAGCGUCGUCGGCAUCUACAACGGCAAGGUCUUCAACUCGGUGGAGAUCAAGCCCGAGAUGACUGGCCACUACCUCGCCGAAUUCUCGUGCUCGUACCGGCCCGUCAAGCACGGUCGCCCUGGUGUGCGUGUUCCCUUUCUUCCCCGACCGUCCAGUAUAUCUGAUUUGUGCGUGUGCAGAUUGGUGCGACGCACUGUAAGUACGCUCCCAGCGCUCCCACGAUCGUCGAAUUGA